CCAGAGAGGCUCUUACAAUUUUGCUCUCUCACAGGUGUUCCCAUACUCUGGAUAGUGUUGGGAGUUUCCGUGGCUCUUUCUGCUUUGGUGUUGGGGAUAAUUGUGUACCGUAAGAGAGCAAAGAGGAAUGAACGGUAUUUCAUAUUUCUAUAGGAAUGAUUAAGAUGUAUUAUGAUAAUGAUAUGCAUGCGGAAAUAGACGAUAUUUUUCCUGUGUAAGUGUCUGUCUUGAAGUGUCCGUCUCACUCAGUCAAUUCGCGCUGGUGAGUGACCUUCCUUACAUACCAAGGCGAUGUAACUUUUAUCACCUUGUAUGAACUAGGAAGCCAUCUCUGAUUUUAGCAUUACCACAAAACCAUGAUUAAUGACGCCGAAUUUUAUUAUCAUUUAAUUUGCACUAUUUUCUUUAGGUCCAGUGAGUCUGACAUUGCUGAGUUUAUGUUGCUGGAAGUCCCACACGAACGGGUUACUAUCAUGGAGGAACUGGGACGAGGCGCUUUUGGAAGAGUUUAUAGGAGCGUAGUGAGGGGGUUACCUGAAAAGAAAACAUCCUCCAAACCCAAGGAUCACGCUUUGGAUUCGCAUGAGGGACGUAUUGUUGCUACAAAAGUUCUACCAGGUGCGUGAAUUCAGAAUGUGGCAAAAAGAUGACUUACUCUUUCAGCAAACGAUAUUCAAGGGAGUGAUUCUUAUUAAUAACAGGCAAGGGAGCCUCUCUUGUAACAGCGGGUUUGAAUUAUUUAAUCCAAUAGAUAGCAAACAUUAUAUCGUAGCAAACAGCAUCUCAAUGCCCCAGUCGGUAACAGUGUGAUGUACCUCAGGGGCCCAUUUUAGAUCCUUAAAUUUUGUUUUCUACUUAUAUUAAUAACCUCCCUGAAUGUUUGAAAUUUACCACACGUUUUGCAAUGAAUAAAUUAAUGUAGACAUAAAAACCUUCAGUGAGAUCAGAACAUUGAUAAGGUGUGCUCCAAGGUUAGUCGUAUUACAAAUGGUCUUAGACAGGUUCGAGAUUGUGUCACAAUGCACUAAAAAGUAUAUAGCGCUAAUAAAUCGAUGCCCGUGUUCAAGCGAAAACGGAGCGGGCACCUUUUAACAAAACCACGCAGAUAUAAAAAAUGCAAAACAGAGCAGGCUGCAUGAUCACUUCUCAGAGGUGUGACAUGACAACAUAUUAUCUCUUUAAACCAAUUCAAGAUGUCAGUGCAUGCCUUCGUAACGUGUAGAUCGGUCGUUCUCUUAAGUGAUUUUUCGAAAUAUGUUAUUCACAUGUUUCAGUCACUUGAGAACUUUAUCUGAUCGUAUGUGGUUGUAAAUAUGACCACAUUACUACAGCUUUACUUAGAGAACUACAUUGGCUUCCCUUGGAGCAUGAGUAGCGGAUUUUAAAUUAUUUAUGUCUGAGCUAUAAUCAUCAUUUGUUUCAAACUCCUAACAUGUCUGUUAGGAGUUCACGAUCAUCAACCAUGAACUUGUUAAUUAGUGACACCCAGAUCGAGGCUAAAACUUUUAGCGGACGAUCUUUUUCGUUUUGAGCCCCUAAACUUUGGAAUGAUUCUACAGAGCACAUACAGUAUAAAAUAGAGUUUGGAUAUUCGUUCCUCUAAGAGUAAUCUUAAAGCUUUAAAAACCUCUAAGCGUUAUUUUUAUUUUGUAGUUGUGUUUAACAAUUUUUCUUUUUUGUCAGUGUUACGAGAUACUGCUUUCUAGUCGUUUAAGUUUAAAACAUUUAUUUGAUGACGACGACGGUGAGCUGAAAACCCUCGGUGAAACUCAACUACGAAAGCAUACUGGGAUGUCCCUGUCUAUUCAGAGUCAAUGAAAGUGAGCCAAUUGGAUAGACGCGUUAGGAUUACAAAUGUACACUCAAGGAAAAUCAUAUUACUGGAGAUAAAGUACCCGUUGGUCGAGAAUAGGGAAGCAAUUAAAGAACACAAAACGUGACGUCUAGAAUUAAAGAGAUAAGUUUCCGGACUAAAAGAUCUUCCAGUAUUACAUCAUGUUACACGUCGUGCUUGGUGAUCGCUAGAUGAAGAGAACUAACGGUUUAUCUUUGAAACUGUUUUAUCUACGUCACUUAACUUAGGGAACCAAUUUUUUAACAAACAGAUUUUUUUCUCAAGCAGAAAUUAGGACCUGAGCUAUUGACUGUGUUUUAUUUUCAUAGGUUAAAUAUACUUUCAUUUUAAUUAGUUCCUUUUUUCUUUACAUCUGGUUUUAGUUGUUUAAUACUAACUGAUAUCUUGUAGCAUAUACGUAGGUCACGGUUACCUGAUUUUUUUUAAAAUGUCUUUUUGUUUUUAGAAAAUGCCACGGAGGAGGACAAACAGCAGUUAGUUCGGGAAAUUGAGUUGAUGAAGGAAGUCGGAACACACCGUAAUAUUGUGAGCAUGCUCGGCUACUGGAUCCAAUCACAUCCCAUCAUGUUAAUCAUGGAAUAUGUUCCAAACGGAGAUCUUCUUCAGUGGCUCAGAAACAAAAGGCAACAGGUAUCAUUACUUUAUCAGCUGUAUCAAUAAAAAUUUGCUGGCCUCUUUUUUGCCUUUUGUUUAAAAAAUAUCUUCUCUCCAUUCGCAAUAGGUCUGCGCACAGGCACUAUUUAUAGAACUCAAACUCAGACAAACAAAUUCCUUAAUUUUGUUUGUCUUUUUGUUAUUAAAAUGUCAAGUUUGUCUGACUUUUGUCGUGAAAAUAACAAAAAUGGCAGAUUUCAGACAAACAUGGCAAAUUAGUCACACUGACGUCAUUAGUAUUCUGUGCUGCACUUUAAUUUUCUAAUGAAUAUCGUUCUGGGCGUGUAUGUUCUUUUUCAUACAUUGUGUGGUCUCUUAAGGCAGAAGGAAAAUCCUCUACCUCAUCACACGUCUAAAAACCAUCAUCUUCAGUAAAAAUGAUAAGAUGGUAAACAACUUGAUGUGAGAAUUUGUACAUGUUACCUAUAAUACAGAGGUGCACUAACUGAAUGUAGAUAUCAAUGCAACCGGAUAUUCGUAUUUUUCCAAACGCGGUUUAUUCAGCCAGACUGUUUAGAUGCUAUUCAUGUAUUCGGAAAACAAAGAUCGGUAAAUACACAACAAUUUGUAUUCAACGCUGAGUUAAUAAAGCCAAGCUUGCCCUGGUACGAUCAGUUAAGGUUUCCGGCAAACUGCCCACCUAUCCCUCCCCUAAGUCACAUUUUGCCCUGAGUGAGAAGGUAGUGUUAAUGUUGUCUUAGGAGAGGGGAAGGUGGUCAGAAAAGAAAACAAAACAACGUUUUGAGCGUUUACCCCUGGGGGUACUCCCGCCCGAUAGGAUGAGGAUCUCCAUCCUUAAAUAUGGUAAUGUUAUUCUAUCAGGUAAAAUUCAUGUGCGUUAAUGCCCAACACACGAGAAACAAAUCAUAGAUCUGUUAAAACUGAACUUUACCCUAGAGCUGAUUAGGAGCGCGAUUCAAGGAAGUUUUUUUCUGUUUCCUUCAAUUCUUAGGUUUUGUUUUUCCCUUGAACUGGGCCUCAUUUUCCAUGUUUGGGUCUUUAAUAUGAUAUUGGUUUUCGCUUGUCUCAACUAUUCGAAAUUUUUGAGAGUACCCCCCUCCCCCCCAGGUGGGCAUUAACCUUUUCUGGUCAGAAUGAAUCACGGGAUUACUAAUGGUGGAGCUACUCUAUUGUUUGAACAUGGUAACAAGACAAGAAUAGUUUACUUCAAAGAAGGCUUUUCAUUCUAGUAAUUUACUUGUUUCUUUUCUCAUUUUCCCAUGUAUUCACCAACAGUUGAGGUCCGCCAUUUGAUAAACCGUCCUUGAUUCGAGCUGACAAGGGGCUUCCACUCAAAAUGCUAGUCAACUUUUCGAUCCACGGUCUUUCAAUGGUGGCAAGAUGAGUUAUUCAAAUCAGCCGAUAACACCAGAGUUUUGCUUUUCACCCACUGACCGAAGCAGUAGAAAAGUUUCUUUUUAAAAGACGCUUCAAAAUAUUUUGGUGGACAUAAAGAUUGUCCGUCCAGAGUUUCUAAACCGCCGCCGUCUGCUGAGCGGGAGGCCGUAGGUUCAAACCACGGCCGCAGCAACACCCAGGGUCUUUAAAUAACUGCGGAGAAAGUGCUGCCUUUGUAUAACUUCUGUAAACGGUUUGACUUUCUGGUCUUCUCGGAUAAGGACGAUAAACCGUAGGCCCCGUCUGACAAGCCCUUGCACAUGUAUUAAAUCUGUGGGACGUUAAAGAACCCACACACUCGCUCUUCGUGAAGAGUAGGGCACGUAGUGGCUGUUGUAGUGGUUUAUCUCACUUUCACACUCAUUUAUGGGGGGCAUCAUUACUCAUUCCUUCACUACUUGUAAAAUGCACCUUAAGCAGUCUGGCAAAGUCCCCCAAACAGUAUUGUAAAUUACACAUUACACGUCCCGAAAGCCCUGUAUGAGAUAUGACGUUUAAUCCAUUUGAAUUUUCCGUGGACGCUUUAAAGAAAGUUGGCCAAUAAGGUAUUCCCUCUAGUCCCGGCUAGAUUUUCAGUUUAACGUCGGUUAAGUAAUCUUUCAAUUCACAUGGAUUCCUUUUAAAUUGGUAAAAAUAUUUCGGCUAACCAACUGAUAGUGUUGAAAUUGUUUCUGCUGACAAAACCGUUUCAUGAUCAGACGGAAUUCAUUUCAAUAUUUUUUUGCAGUUUACAAUGAAAAAGAGUCGUCAAAGUGAUGUCGUUGCAAGGCUUAAGCCUCCUGUUCCUGAGAGACCGAAAUUGGUGUCCAGGAACCUGCAAACAAAAGAUGUCCUGGAUGAAAACCUGAAAGAGGAGAAGAGCGAAAGAAAUAAUGAAGAAGGUGGAAAAGACGGUGGUUACCAUUGCAGCGAGACGAAGGAAAUUAAAAUCGACCUGGACGACGUUGAAAGAGGAAUUCUAAUCAAAGAUACUCCUCGAUCUGAGAUGGAACCUUCUUGCUUAAACCUGGGUUACGAAGAUGACAAGAAGGAAGAAGAAAGUGACGAUGUUAACACGUCAUUUCAACAAAAUGAACGGCGAAAGGGGUCGGUUACGUCGGUGAUGGUGUUACCUUCGAUCAAUAUUGCCCAUUUCUCCAAAGAAAAGGAGCUCACUCCUGCUGAGGCUUUAAGAAACGUCGAAGAAAAGAUCACCAUCGAGAAAGAAGAAGGCAGCUGUGAGGGCAAGGAAGAUGAUGAAGAAGACAUUUCUGGGAAAGAAGUUCUUUGUUAUGCGUGGCAGAUUGCUAAAGGGAUGGUAAGAACUUUUUCGACUGAAGAAUGUCUUUAGCAAUUUAGUCAUCGUUUGCAAAUCACAAAAAUCUGCCUCUUCCCCGUAUUUAAAAUACUUUACUACUAGUUUUUUCUGUGUCUGCAAGUAUUAUGCUAUCCGGACACGAGACGGCAGAUUUUUCAAGCAUUCAAAUUGCUGCGUUAAUUAUAACAGACCAUUAUAGGGCUAACUACUAUCUCGCUGAAUUUUUCGUGAAACAUAGCACACAUAAAAUUGAGCCGUUUUAUUUUAAAAAAAGGUCAAAAACGUGUUUUUUUUAAUAGCCCGAGAAGCCUAAAAAUCACAUGGAGCAGCCGUGAAGCUACCUAUUGCAAAAUCAGGUCUGUUCGUAUUUUCGAAAAGGUGUCCAAUGAAUACAGCCAUAUGACCUGAAUAAGGCUAAGCUAUCAGUUAUUUAAUUUGAAUCGUACAAGCCUGACAUUCAGGGACGUUGCCAGCUUUUUGGCUAGUUGUAGGCCUGGCUGACUUUCAUUUCCACAUAUCCUGAAAAUUGUACGCAUGACCAGUACGCACUGACCUCACCAACACUUUGAGCUCUUGUGUUUUUUCAGCUGACUCCAACAACGCAUAAUUUGUUACAAGCGGUAGAGUGAUCAACCCAAAAAUUUGAAGGCCCGGGCCUACAGGGCUAUGAGCUGGCUACGCCCCUGAGAAAAGAAGGGAAGUAGAGAAAAGAAAAAGCAAUGAUUAAGUUUGUGUUGGGGACUGGAAGACUGAGCAGCAAGGACUUCCUAGUUAAAUACUCCCUUAAUCGGAAUCUUGGAAAGCACAAUAAACGGUCUGCAAGUGGAACUGAUGAUUAAAGCUAAGGGAUUGCUUUUUGUAAACGGCCACCAUGAUGGUAUUUGCUAACUAUUGUAAGCUCAAUUGGUAUACCGUAAAAUUCCGAAAAUAAGCCCUGGGGCUUAUAUUUUUCAAAGGCCUUUUUUGAGGGGCUUAUUUUUUGAGGGGCUUAUAUUCGGAGGGGCUUAUCUAAGGAGGGAAAUUUGCGUUUCAAAAUCGAUCGGGCUAGCCUUAUAGUUGGAAGGAAAUUUACCGUUUUUUCUUUGUUUUUCUUUUUAUUUAAGGGCAAUUUCCAAGUACAAGCUCCCCGGGGGGCUUAUAUUUGGAGGGGUGAUUUAACGGAGGGUUUUUUGCGUUACGAGUUUGGGGGGCUUAUAUUUGGAGGGGCUUAUACAUGGAGGGGCUUAUUUUCGGAAUUUUACGGUAUCUUCUGGCUCAGCUGGAUAUUUGGCUUUUGGGUUUAGCAAAUAACUCCCUCCUGGUGAUCCGCCUCUAUCAAUUGCUGUUUAUUCAUUAGUAUAAACGAACCUUUUUUAACGAAAAAAUCUAAUCUCUAAAUGAAUAAUGUUCACCAGGUAUACCGUUUUGGGUGACUUCGAAAUAGAAGUCAGUAGUAUAGUAAGAACCGAUAGUUUUUUUUUUUCUUUUUCGGGCGUGGCAGUCUAAGGAGGGUUUUAUUCCACUCACCUUAAGUCUCCCUGAAAAACAGCAUUUAAUUAAGUGUCAACAGGUGUCAACGGGUUUUCUUCCGAGGUUGAAAUCUUAACUGAAAACCUUAUUUUUCAGCCAAUAUUCAUCCCUUCGAGUUAUCGAGGGUAAAAUUGCAUGAAAGUGAUCUAAAGGGAAACAAAAAUUACUUCAAGUUAGCGGGAGUUUCGAGUUAUCGAGGGUUCGAGUUACCGAGGAUAAAUUACAGUAAAGGAAAUCUAGGGGAAAUAGAUUCUGGUUCGAGUUAGCACAAGGUUCGAGUUAGCGAGGUUUCGAGUUAUCUGGAGUCGACUGUAGUUCACUCAGCUUGUUCAACUUUGACGGCUUUUUGUGCUGAAAAGUAUACGUCGCGGGGAUAUUGUAAACCAAUUCCUUAAUUUGUUUCUUCGUUUUCCAACAGCUGUGACGGAAAUCCUCCCUCCAUUCUUCAUGAAUAGGCCGACGAUCACUUCCUCCCGCUUUCCGGACCGUUUGUCAGACACAUCUUGCAGUAGCCUGUUCCAGGCUCUCGAUAGUAGGGCUGGCACCGGCAAAAAUAAGGCAAAAAAGCGUAAGGCACCGGCAAAAAAGUGUAAAGCACCGGCAAAAAUAUAAAAGCGUGAUCUAGGAAAAAGGGGCGGUGACGGGCUAUUUUUGAGCCUGGAACAGACGUUUCAUUGCACUUGGUUGCUUUUCAGCCAAAUCGUUAAAUCGGGAGUUCGUUUACAACGAUAUACCGAUUAAACUGCUAUCCCCCUGCCAUAUCGUAAAAUCGAGCUUCCAUUUUAAUUUCAUAUUGGAAUCUGGUAACUGAGAAUUCUUUGAGAAAUAAUUUCGUUAUUUCUCUGCCAGGAAUACUUGGCCAGCAAAGGAUUCAUUCAUCGUGACCUGGCAGCCCGUAAUAUCCUACUUGGUGAGGACAGAGCGGUGAAGAUUGCUGAUUUUGGUUUAUUACGCCACGCAAAUGAGAGUGAAAUAUACGAAGUUACGAGCGUACACAAGCUACCAAUGAAAUGGAUGGCACCUGAAGCGUUGGAAAGCGGCAUUUUUACUUUCAAGACUGACGUGUGAGUAUAUGUGAACGAGGUCACAGUUAGGCCAAGCUUAGGCUUCCUGUGAUGCAGUGUGAAGUUGAGGUUUUAGAUAACAUAGACCCAGCAAUGUACUGUUUAGAACUGUCUGAAGAAAAAGAGCACAAUUUUGAUCACGACACUGUCUACAGUAGCGGUUAUCACUCUAUCUCUAAAGAAAUACUCAAGUGUUUGGAAAACAUUAGCCUGUUCCAGACGUGAAACUUGAAAAUAAGAUUUAUAAACAGAAACUUUGAGCCGAUGAAGUUAAUCAGAGACCAUCUUGGAUCCUAGAUUCCACGCUCCACAUCCCGCAUUCCAGAUACUAGAUUCCGGAUUCCAACUCAGUGUAUUCCAGAUUUCAAAAGGCCUAGAUUCCAGAACUUCAUAGUUAGCUGGACUUCGGAUUCCAAAGUCCACGACUCCAAGCAAAAAUUUCCUGGAUUACCAUCCAUGGGACGAGAUAAACAAAAUUAAUAUUUCUGUGAAGUUAAUUCUUGCAAUUUCUUUAUCUGCUUCCUUUUAUUGCAGAUGGUCUUUUGGAGUUGUUUUGUGGGAACUAGCAACCAUGGGUAAGCUAGUUUUAUAAAUCUUUGUAUACUGAUGCUGGUAGAAUAAUACUCUAGUCAUUUUCCUAUACCCAAGGGAAUUGAGAGGAAUCCCCAAUAACAAUAAUCAGGGAAAAGCUGACUGUUCAGUUUUCGGAUAGCAGUCACGGGAGAAUCGAACCGUUUUAUAAAAGAAGCCAUUCUUGCAUAAUGUCAUGAUUGCUAAACAACUAGAAAAAAUAAUAGGCUAACUUCCGCCGCUCUCCUAGCCGUCUUUACCGGGGGGGGGCGCAGGUUCAUAAUAAUCCAGCCUAUAAGUCAUACCCUUAACAACAACUUGACCUGAUAUCACGUGUCACUUGGCAAAAUGAAUACUCAGUAAUGGUAAACUUGUACAUUACGUUAUUUUAAUACCUCCUGGAGGUUGGUAAAUUGAUAAUACAUGAUGGUCAUUGAACUGAGUGGAGAGCAAUUUGGUCUGAAAUUAUACAUGUGAUUUCACGCGGGAGUUCGAUUUGAGAUCAGAAGUAUGAUUUCAGACUAAAAUUGCACGACACGAAGUGAAAUUAUCACUUUAUUACAGCCAUUUUGAAAUCGCAGAAUUCAAUCCGUACCAGCAGUGAUUGGCCGUGGCACCAGACAAGUUAGCUCGUUAUCCCCCAUACUCGUUAACAUAUAUUUUGAAGCCAUGUUAAGAGAUGCUUUAAGUGGUGUGAAUGAAGGUAUUCGAGUGGGAGGUCAUCUCAUUAAGACAGUGCGCUUUGCGGAUGAUCAAGCAACCUUAGCCAAUUCAGUUAAAGGUCUGCAACUUAUGAUGGGUAAAAUGCAGGAAAACGCGAGGGAAUAUGAUAUGAAGAUCAAUGUUAAAUCAGUAAGAGGCCUGGUGAGGAAUUCACGAUCUUUCUUGAAGGUAAACAAUUAAGUGAAGAAUCGUCGCACUUUAACUACUUUGGGAGCCCUAUUACACAGGAUGGAUCCUGUGGAAAAUAAAUUAGAUCGAGAAUAGCCUUUUUUUACUAAAAAAAAAGAACCGCUGACAAAAGCCUUAAGCGCGCUAGCCUUUGCCUGAAGAAGAGAAUUAUAAAGACUGUCAUCUGGGGUACUUUUCUGAAUGGAGCCGAAUGAUAGACCUUAAAGAAAGAGGACGUGCGAAGGCUGGAGAGCUGUGGGAUGUGGCUUUGGAGAAAGAUUUUUUAACAUAACUUGGUGUGACAAAGUCUGUAACGAAGAAGUAUUGAGGCGUGUCGGCGAGGAGAGGGCCAUCAUAUCUGUUAUCAACAGAAGCAGGAGCUUGACAGAAGACAGAGAGUCUGGCUUGGUCAAACCCUACGACAUGGUGAUCAUGUCCCAUUAGUUAUUGAGGGAAGGAUACCAGGAAAGAGACCACCUGGAAGACCUCGAGCGGGAAUGCUGGAUAGAGUGAAGGAUGGCAGCUCUUACGUAGCGGUCAAGAGGCGUGCCUUAGAUCGAGAACCAUAAGGAAGGACUUGCCUGUGAGCAGAUCAAAUAGCCUGUUGAAAAGCGGAAACAAAAGGGCGUUUACAUCUCAUUUUGUAUUCGAAACAGAAAUGAGGCGAUAUAAAGCAAGGUGCGACGGUGCGACGUGGUUUAGAACAGAUGUGAUUGUAUGAUUCGUAAAUAAAUCACACUGCUGAGAGCCAAUCAGAUUGGAGGGAUCACCAGCGAUUUCAAAAUGAAAAAUUAGAAAAGCCUGAUAAUGUUUGAUAAGACAGCACUGAUCUUUAUUCUGUUAUUUUAGGGGGUACUCCAUACCCUGGGAUAAGCCCCAUGAGGCUAUGCAGUUUACUUAAAUCUGGAUAUCGGAUGGAGAAACCCAACACGUGCAGCGGUGAAAUGUAAGUCAGAAUAGAAAUAAUAAAAGACGCCCCAAAAGAGGGUACGAUGAAGAACUACUUUCAUAGUCCUUCAAACAGUUUUUUUUUUCUAAAAUUUUCAGCCUUUUACAAGGAGUGGAAUCUGCAGCGCACCUCUUUCCUUUACGUUCCACCAUUCUAAAAAGAGCCUAUAGAACAUAAGUGUCUUCAAUAUUCAAAGUAAACGGAGACAUAUCUUUGUAUAGUGGUAUUUUAAACUAUGACUUCCUUUUUCAACAGAUACAAAUUGAUGAUGGACUGCUGGAACGAGGAUCCGAAUGAACGACCCUCAUUCGUUCAACUAGUACCGAUACUGGAAGAGAUGAUGACAGAAGAUACCCCUUACUAUUAUUUCAGACUACUGGAUCAGAACCAGCCAUGUUACCGUGAGGCAUCCGCGACUAACACCAGUAAAGCUAGUACUCUUGAUACGAAGCUGUAA